AUGGCGAAAACUGGCACUCUUAUCCUGGCCAUUUUAGUUGGCAUCUGUUGUUUUUCUCCCAAUGUCAAUGCGUUCACGGCUUCCGGGUGGACAAGUGCUAGUGCUACUUUUUAUGGAGGUAGCGACGGUUCUGGGACAAUGGGGGGUGCUUGUGGGUAUGGCAACUUGUACUCGACUGGGUAUGGGACUAGGACUGCAGCUUUGAGCACUGCAUUGUUCAAUGGUGGAGCGUCUUGUGGACAAUGCUACAGGAUCGUAUGCGAUUACAAAGCAGACCCGCAAUGGUGCAUAAAAGGAACAUCUGUGACGAUUACUGCAACAAACUUUUGCCCACCAAAUUAUGAUCUUCCAAGCGAUAAUGGAGGCUGGUGCAACCCACCCCGCCAGCAUUUUGACAUGGCUCAACCCGCCUGGGAAAAGAUCGGCAUUUACAAAGGCGGUAUCGUCCCCGUGCUAUACCAAAGGGUCCCUUGCAAGAAACAUGGUGGAGUGAGAUUCACUAUUAAUGGGAGAGAUUACUUUGAACUUGUCCUGAUCAGCAAUGUGGCAGGAGCAGGAUCUAUUCAAUCGGUUCAAAUAAAAGGGUCGGGAACUAACUGGAUGCCAAUGUCUCUGAACUGGGGCGCCAAUUGGCAGUCCAAUGCAUAUCUCAAUGGGCAAUCUCUAUCCUUCAUGGUGACUCUUACUGAUGGAGAGAUGAAAGUUUUUCAAGAUAUAGCCCCAUCUAAUUGGGCAUUUGGCCAGACAUUCUCAAGCCCAGUACAAUUCUAA